ACUCAUUCAUCUCCAUUCAGGCUUCCCCCAGCAUUUAUUAAGUGCUCUGGGCUCUUGCCUCUCUCACUCUCACUCUCCUCUGCUCAAACACCGCUCACUUGAGCUCGUCUCGCCUCGGCCCCUCGGGCCAGCUGUGGGAGGUGGCAGAAGAAAGAACUUUGUCUUUCUCCAGCAAUGCAUCUCCCUGUGAUUCUGUUUUGCGCUCUCUGGUCUGCGGUGUCGGCGGAGACCUCAGAUGAUUAUGAACUCAUGUAUGUGAAUUUGGACAACGAAAUAGACAAUGGACUCCAUCCCACGGAGGACCCCACGCCGUGUGACUGCCGUCGGGAGCACACCGAGUGGGACAAGCUCUUCAUCAUGCUGGAGGACUCGCAGAUGAGAGAGGGCAUGCUGCUGCAGGCCACCGACGACGUCCUCCGGGGCGAGCUGCAGAGGCUGCGGGCGGAGCUGGGCCGCCUGGCGGGCAGCCUGGGGAGGCCAAUGAAUUUAUAUUUUCUCUCACAUCCUUCUCACUUUCUUGCUCCUCUAGGUUGUGAAAUAGCAAUUUUAUUCCCAAUGCGUUCCAAGAAGAUUUUUGGAAGCGUACAUCCAGUGACACCAAUGAAGCUUGAGUCUUUUAGUGCCUGCCUUUGGGUCAAAGCCACAGAUGUAUUAAACAAAACCAUCCUGUUUUCCUAUGGCACAAAGAGAAAUCCAUAUGAGAUCCAGCUGUACUUCAGCUAUCAGUCCAUAGUGUUUGUGGUGGGUGGAGUGGAGAACAAACUGAUUGCCAAUACUGUGAUUUCCCUGGGAAAGUGGACCCAUCUGUGCAGCACCUGGAAUUCUGAGAGAGGACGCACGUCCUUGUGGGUAAACGGUGAGCUGAUGGCAACCACUGUCGAGAUGGCCACAGGUCACAUUGUUCCCGAGGGAGGAAUCCUGCAGAUUGGCCAAGAAAAGAACGGCUGCUGUGUGGGUGGUGGCUUUGAUGAAACCCUAGCCUUUUCUGGAAGACUCACAGCCUUCAAUAUCUGGGAUCGCGUUCUCAGCAAUGAAGAGAUAAGAGAGACUGGCGGAGCAGAGUCUUGUCACAUCCGGGGAAAUAUUGUUGGGUGGGGAGUCACAGAGAUUCAGCCACACGGAGGAGCUCAGUAUGUUUCAUAAAUGUUGUGAAACUCUACUUGAAGCCAAAGAAAGAAACUCACAUUUUAAACAUAUGCCAGUUGGGACAGUCUAAAAACCUCAGUGCAUAUUAAGAACACUUGAGACUAAUGAAGGGGAGAGUUGAGAUCAAUAUUUAUCUUGGCAAAAUACCGAAUAAACAGUUGAAGAGAAAACAUUGGAGAAUGCUUUUCCGGAUAUUGUUACUAGAUUUUAUGCCAUGGUGCUUUGAGAUUAAUGCUGUGUGUUUGUCAGAUAGACUCUCAAAUAAUUAAAAAGGACUAUUGUUGAACAGAAGGACAAUUGUUUUACUUUGGUUAAUUUUGUUUUGGCCAGAGAUGACUUUUACAUUGGAAGAAAAAUAAAAUAACAUUUGCUGUCCAUUGUUCAUUGCUAUUCGUAUGUACCUUAUUAUUAAAAAAUGAUGAUAAAACAUAUUUAUACUACAAUGUGACUUAACAAAUGCAAAUGUAGUUUAUGUGUUAUAAUCGAAUGUCACUUUUUUGAGAAGAUAGUUAUAUAAGUUAUAUUGUAAAAUGGUUUUGUAUUAAUUUUAUUAAGACUAUUUUUGUAAAGCUCUACUGUAAAUAAAAUAUUUUAUAAAACUA